AUGUUUGCUCCCAAGGCAGCGACGCCUGCCACAGGUGGACUUUCCCUCAAUACAAACUCCACCAGUUCUUUGUUGUUAGUGCUCCCAUUCAUCUUUGUCUCCGAUUACACCUAUCAGACCUAUCUCUAUCGCCUGACCCCUUGCUUUGAUUCGAAUCGCUUCCUCUCUCAAUCCCUCGUUGUUCCCAGCUCGCAGACUGGGGUCACUGGCGGCAACACGGCCACAUCAACAGCUACUCCUGGCGCAACUAAUACCAGCAGUCUCUUCGGGAACACUGCGAGCUCGACAGCUCCUAAACCAGCAGGAGGCUUGUUCGGCACGGCCACGGGAACCACACCAGCACAACCGACUGGAUCCAACAUGUUUGGAGGUCAACAGCAGAGUGGUGCGACCGGCAGUAGCCUUUUUGGAGGCGCAAAUACCACUACACAGCCUUCUGGGGCAAGCAAUUUGUUUGGAUCAACUGCUGGCGCUGGCACCGGCACGACUCAAGGAACAACGGGUGGUGGUUUAGGUGGCUCUCUUUUCGGCGGCGGUGCGUCUACGGCUCAGACUCAAGCAAAGCCAGCCUUCGCUGGGCUCGGAGGUGGUCUGCUUGGUGGUGGAUUAACAGGAGGAGGUACGGGAAGCAUGUUCGGUGGCGGCCAGAACACAGCCCAACAACAACAACAACCUCAAAAACCUACCCUCUCUCUCUUCGGCCAGCCAGCGCCCGCACAGACUACACCACUACAACAGAGCACCGCUACUAGCACAGUAAUCCCGGGCGUGAAAGUCGACGUUAGCAAUCUCCUGCCAACCACAAAAUUUGAGAGCUGCGCGGAUGAGAUCCGUAGCCAAAUCGAGGCUAUCGACAAGCACAUCCUGAACCAGGUGAAGAUGUGCCAUGAGGUCGGAGAUCUGCUCCCGACCAUCGAAAAGCAGGGGGCCGCAAUUCCUAACGACGUUGAAUUUGUACAAGGCAAAUUGGAGACCAUGCAACAUGCGCUUGAGAACGAUGCGGGUGACAUUGAUGCGCUGCGCAGCCUUGUUACACGGGAUGCGGCCGAGGCCCAAGUUGCCUUCCGAGCCAUCGAUACGCUGAAGCUCCCUCUACAAUACCAGUCGACUGGCGGUGGGUGGUGGUCUGUGCAGGAUCAACAGAUUCCGGAGCGAUCUAUGCGGUCGAGUCGCAAAAACACACUUGCUCUUCCCGACGGCGUUGAGGGUGACGCGUCUACGGACGUCAAUGGAAUCCCCGUCAACCUGGUCGAUUACUUCUCUCAUCGCUCGAAGGAGAUGAAAGAAGUUCUUACAAGAUAUACCGGCAACCUCAAAGAGAUCGAGGACCAUCUUCAUGGUGUUGAAGCUACGCUCAACCGUCAAAUUAGCGACUUUGUGAGCUCCAAGUCGCGUGAGGGAUCUGCAGGGACACCCCGGUCUUCCCUCAGUGAACUGUCGGGUGUUCUCGCAGAUGUUGAGGCUGGCAUCAUGGGUGUUGCCACUCGUCUGAGCAAUGUAUCGGAGCAAGUCCAAGAUUUGUCGAUUGGACAGCAGUCCCUUGGCGAUGGCCGGCUUCAUCUGGGAUAG